CUGCUAAAUUAACACGGUUUGGUGCAUACACAGAAUCUAAUACGUAAGUUUUUAUUUGUACUCCACUCUCUGUGGUGUUUUACAGUAGUAUAAAUAGGGAAACAGAUGUAUAGCUUAUGAUCAUCACAUAGCGCUUCGCUAUUCUUCUUAACUCAUUUGCUUACUGUGUAAGAGAGAUUGUUAGAAAACUCAUUUGCUUCUUCAAAGUAAACUAUAUUAAUUGUAUGGCCGCCACUUUACAUAACCGUGGACUUGUGAGCUUGGGGAAGCAAAUUCUGAACCAAUUCAGCUAUGCAAAUUCUGCUAACUCAUCUACCCUCUCUGCCUGUUGGUGCAGGAAGGCGGUACACAUAUCAGUGUAUGACAAGAAUCUGGAGGAAUAUAUUUCGUCGGUAGCUGAUGAAAUAGUCGGGGUGGGAUCAGACAAGUACUGGACUCCUCAUCCUCAAACUGGGGUAUUUGGGCCACCCACUCAUAAUAUUAUCUGCGGUGACCCUCGUUGUUCUGUAGACUCUGUCUUGGAACAGAAGACCUUUUUUCGCGCUCUCGAGGAUCUGGAGAAGCCAACCUACUCUUAAGUCUCACAAAACAUAUGCUAGUACUAGCUGGUAAUUGGAGAGGUGAAAGGUGUAACUAUGAGUCUAUGAUAUGUCACAAUAUAUGGACUACAGAAUAAGACUGUCUCUCACCUCUGUACUGCUUUUAAAUGUUCAUAUGGUGUAAUAGAAAGUCUUUUCCUAUUAUUAGCAAGUGCUAUUUAAGUCCAUGUAAUUGUAGAAAAUACCUAUGACAUUUUACAUUAUUACAAAUUUGGUGUAAAUUUCUCUAAGUGGUCACUCAAGUUGACCAAGUUAGUACUAAGUAGA